AAACAUUGUGCUAUCUGUACGUGUAAUAAUUAACUAUACGAUACACGAAAAUAAGAAAUUAUGUUGGUCAAACUGUUACAUUGGUUUUUCGUCAACGAAAUUGUGUGGUUAACAUUUCUUAUGCCAUUUGUUUCUCGUCCAGAAAAUUAAAGCGUGCCGUCAAAGUCUUCUCUCUUCUCGGAAAUAACUUCAUAGGUAAGGGAUACAAAAUUUUUUAUUUCGUUGAAUUCACCGUGUCAAAUACUAUUUACAAUACUCUAUUUUCCACAGACAUAAUGCCAGCCAAAACGACGUCAGUUAAGAAAAGGGUACGUAUUUGCACACUCCAUGUUCAUUAGAAAUGAGUACUUGACUAACAAAAACCUAUGACGAUUUUUCACUUAUUAUUUCUAAUUAACAAAAGUACAUAUUUCAACGUUAAAACGUAUUUUAUUCAUUUGGAAUUUAUUUUUUAUGAUAAUAAUUAUUAUAUUAAAUACGUUUAUUGGCGUAAUAAUAAAUUAAAUUUUAUUUAUUUCACCUACUUUAAUUUUUACAUCUUGAUCGUGUUUCUUUGGUAUAACUUAUACCAUAGGUACUCCUUAACCUUAUGUAGUACUUUUUUAAUUUUACUUUAAAAUAAGUUUACUACUUUCAGCUAGUUUGUACUUUUAAUAUUUUGCAAAAAUGUUCAUUAGUUUUUACUUUUUAGUUUGUGUCCGAUGGUAUGUUACGUGCAGAACUCAAUGAGUUCUUAACACGAGAACUUGCUGAGGAUGGUUAUUCAGGCGUUGAUGUCCGUGCUGCGCCAUCACGUACAGAAAUUGUAAUCUCUGCAACACGUACUCAAAAUGUACUGGGUGAUAAAGGCCGUCGUAUUCGUGAACUCACAUCUCUUAUUCAAAAACGUUUCGACUUCAAAGAUAAGGCAAUUGAACUUUUUGCUGAAAAAGUGGCCCAACGUGGAUUAUGUGCUGUUGCUCAAGCAGAAUCAUUGCGUUACAAAUUGAUUGGAGGUUUAGCUGUCAGGAGGGCAUGUUAUGGUGUGCUUAGAUUCAUCAUGGAAAGUGGUGCUAAAGGAUGUGAAGUUGUAGUAUCUGGUAAAUUAAGAGGUCAGCGUGCAAAGUCAAUGAAAUUUGUUGAUGGACUUAUGAUUCACAGUGGUGAUCCAUGCAAUGAUUAUGUAAAUGUUGCUACAAGACACGUAUUGUUAAGACAGGGUAAUGUUUAAAAACAUAAUUUUCUGUAAUGCACUUAUUCAUAUUUAUUCCUUAUUCUUAUAGGAGUGUUGGGUAUCAAGGUAAAAAUUAUGUUGCCAUGGGAUCAAUCUGGUAAACUUGGACCAAAGAAACCUUUACCAGACAAUGUCAGUGUUGCUGAACCAAAGGAAGAGAUUUUGCCUACUGCGCCGACCAGUGAUAUUAAAUCUAAACCAGUAGAGGUAGUACCUGCUGUUCCAGUAGUACCUAUUGUUGGAUAAAAUGAUUGUAUAAAAUAAAACCCAAUGUUUUUUUUAAACAAAAUUUGUUCUUUUCAUUUCUUUGAAGUUGCUAUUUCAUUUAUUAUUCAUUAAAAUAAUAUGUACAACAUUUAUUACUUCAACAUUAU